AUGCACGCUUCAUGCGCAAGUCUUGACGGGGUUGCCGGCCGGGGCAGGCCGAUGGCUGUCGCUGAUGCACUGAUCUCCCAGUGGAGUCGGCGCAGCGGCGCAUCUUUGACAUGGCCGUCUCGUCUGCCGAGCGGCAGCGGCGGCGAGCCGGCUUCCUCUUUCACCACCGAAGCCGUUGCGGGUGUGUCGCCUAGUGCCACGGAUGCCGGUCGCCGCGCGGCAGAUGGGCGGACCACUUCGCUGCAGCCCGUCUCCAACGCGUCUGCGGCGCCGCCGUCUCUCGAGGAACUGUUUGCCGAAGCGGACGAGGAUGACACAGACACCACCGCUGCUGCUGCUGCAGGCUUCCUCGACGAGAAGGAGCCUGAGGGGCUGAAGGAUAGCCGGCGACAUGGCGCCGCACUGCUUCCGCGGAGAGACUCUUCCACUUUCGUAGCUUCCGCCUCGCCGGAGGUGAACAGGUUCGACGACACCGAUAAGUCUGCUCGCUCACCUCGCACAUCUGCGAGUGCGACGGUAGAAGCUUCUCUUCUGGAGGCUCUGCUUGAAGAGCAACUCUCUCAGGACCUGAACGUCAGCGUGGAUGACACGACCGAGGAGGACUCGGACGGGCUGGACGAGGUGGUACCAGGGGCAGCCGACGCACACGCGAUCAUCAACGUAUCCUGUGCGCUCCCUCAGGGACAGUACCGUUCCCCUUACCUGCGGCAGGCCGCACAUACGGAGACAGCAGGCGGUGACGCCGACGACGAGGCGGACGUCAAGGUAGACUCCAUCGAGGACGCUGUGGAUGACGAAGAGUCCAUGGAGUCUGUGCUGGAAGAGGAGGCGGAGCGCAUGUAUCGUGCUGCCUUGACAAACAUGGCGUAUGGUCAGGACAACGCUGCCCAAGGUGAGGCGAGGCACGGAGUUUUCGGUGACUACACGUUCUUUGCGAAGGAGGCGGUGGCCUCCGCGGCGGAGACUCUGUCGAUGCGUGAAAGCGCGAGCGCUGCCGGUGCGACUUCAGCGUUUGCCUUCUCUGACGGCAUUGCCGAUGGUGCCUCGACGUCGGCCGUGGAGUUCGACGAUGACGCGGCGCGGCGGGCAGAGAUCGAUUCUGUGGGCGAUGUCAUGGCGACCUCGGGCACUGCUGCCGUUGCAGCUGCGAAGGCGCGAAAGAGAUCGCCAGGAGGCGACGUGCGGUGA